AAAUAUAUGUGGACAAUUUCUUCACUUCUGUAAAUUUCACUUUUUCUAAAAAAAAUAAUCUCCUAAUUAUUUUUACUUUAUAAACGUAUUUUGAUGCAUGCGGAAAUUGUUAGAAUGCUAUUUUCAGUUUCUUUCGGAUAAGUUCGAUUUGGUUAUACUUGUUGGCGACAAUGUUCGGGGCCAAAAUUUCCUUCCCCCCUCCCCCUCAUCACUUCUUAUCGCAACCCCCUCCCUCUUUAUUAGAAUCGGCUCCGUUUAUGUAUUUUACAUGUCAGUGCACAAAGAAAAGAAUAUGAAAACAAACAUUAAGAAAUCUAAACGAAUAUUUACUGAAUAACUUUCUCGUGCGUUGAAAACACUUUAAAUUAAAAAAGAAAGAAAAAAAGUUAUAUGAAAACAUACACGUGUGAUACAUUAUAGAAAAUUGAAGAAUAUAAAGAAGAAUCUCCACUUCAAGAAUCAAGAGAGUGCUAUGAAUAUUAGACUCAAACUGAGUAUUAUUUGUAUUUUAUGUUCUUUUUUUUUCUAAUAUUGAUCAUUAGUUGAAUUUAAAAUGCUACAUUCAAAAAAUCGAAUUUAAAUGAAUGUAGCAUUAAUAAGAAUGUCUUCUUUGUAAGUUGUAAUAAAAAUAUUAAAAUGGAAGAUUCUACAAAAUCUGAGGAUACUGAAUUUGGCAAUGCAGCUCCUGCAUGUCCUCAAGUAAAUCAAACUUAUUCAGAUACAAAAUUCUUAGUAGAUAAUAAAAAUACACAGAUUCGCAUUGUCCGAGGUAAUAAAAAGCUUAAGAUUGAUAAUAGUGAUAUUAACAAUAUUGAGAAAAAAGAUGUAAAAGAUGACGAAGCAACAGAGGCUAAAGUAAGGUCCCUUAAACGUUCAUGCGAACUAUGGUCUAUGGAGGAUAAAAACACUUUUUUUAAAGCACUCAAUGAAUAUGGCAAAGAUUUUGAUGCUCUACAAAGCUACUUUUUAAAUCAAGGCAAAAAGCGUGGUCUCUCAGAUACCAUGAUAAAGAAUAAGGAGCAAAUUCGACAUUUUUAUUACAGAACAUGGUUAAAAAUAUCAAAGCAUCUUAAGUUCUCAGAAGAUGUUAAGAAGACUUCUCAAGAAUUAUAUGGAUUGAUAAAUUAUGGUGAAUUAAGGAGGAAAUUACCUCGUAUUCAUGAGAAGAUUCACUUAAGACUGAAUGAAUUGAUAUAUUGGGGUUCCACUCAAGUCAGACUUAGAGGGAAAACUAUGAGAAUUAAAACACCUAUAUGCAGAGCACUUAGAAAAUUAAACCAGUUAGAAGAUUGGCAGGAAGAGAUUAAAUUACCAUCUAGAAUAACGAUCGAAUUGCGACCGCGUAAUAACAUGGCAUGGUGGCAAGUACAAGCAGCAUCGAUGAAUCCAAGAGUACGCACACUACUUCCGAUACAAAGACGCCUUUCAAGUUUAUUGAUAUUUUUGCAGCAACGAUGGCGACUUGCCAAAUAUACUACAUGUUCCACUAUAGAAAAUCUCGUUGCUAAUGAUGUUAAAGAUAUUCGUUUAUUACGAAUUGCUCCAUUAGAAGGAUGUAAAAUUGCUUUACCAAUGGUCAAUCUUGGAGAGUAUCUCACUAGUAAUAGUGUCAGUUUUAAUUCAUAUGAAAAACGUCUCGGUCUCAAGAGCUCGAGAGUAGAUUUGUUAGGGUCUGUUCAAUAUUUAAAAGGAGUAGGAAAAAAGGGAAUUAAACGAUAUAAAUCGGAUAAAAAACUCUUAAAUCGCACUGAUGAAAAUUGUACACUGCCAGAUAACAGUAGCGAUAUGGACCUAUUAGAAACAGGAAGCAGUAUAGCUGAAAAACCAACAAUUAUAAACAAUACAGAAAAACCAUCGGCAGAAUCUCAUUCAGAAUCUAACAAAUUUCCUGGUAGGGAAACUAUCGAAAGAAUUAGAAAAGGUUGGAAUAUUGAAGAAGCAAAUACAAUCACUGUGGGUGAUCUCUUCUUAAUGUUUGGUCGUGAAUCAAAAGUCACUCUGGAAUAUUGGUGGGAUUGGCUACCUAAUGAGCAAUAUACAACUGAUUCAUCGAGUAUCAUACGUGAUGAUAGUUUAUGUUCAGUUUUGCAAAAAUUAUUAUCACUGGCGAAACAUAAUUAUGGUACAAACAAAGUGUAUGAUAAUACAACAGGAAGUAAUGAAACAGUGAUCUCGUCUCGAGUACCGUCUAUUAAGGAAUCUACAUUUAGACGACCUCUUAUCCCGCAAACGUAUAAUAAGAUUGGCACAGCUGAUGCAUUUAAAACGCAACUUGAUAAAUUUAAGACACGCUUUAGUAAACGUGGUAGAACAGUAAGACAAAAGAGUCUUGUUAUACAAAGGGUACUACCCAUUGUAUCUGCGCCAAAUAUGCCAUCAGAAAGUUUAACAACUGAUGCAAGUAAAAUCGGUGGAUCUUCUUUGUGUCAAACUCAAACCGAUAAAAUAGUAGCGGUAAAUGCAACCGAAGCUCAAGAUAAAAGCUUUUUAGAUACUCUAGAAGCCACUACAGAUGCGAAGAAUUCCAAUUCAAUUAUUACUAGCGCAACUCAAAUUCUUAAAGAGGGUGAACAUCAAUGGUUAAAUAGUGAGGUUGCAGAUUUUUCAUUGAGCAGCUUUUUAGGACAACUUGAAUCGCCUAUGAAAGGAUCACAAAGAAGUCAAGCAGGUGAACAGAUCAUGGAAGACAUUCGUCCUUCCUCUGAUGUUGUAUCACAUAUGCAAUGUCUUAUGGGAGAAAAUAGUGUAGACUACAUGGCAAAGUUUGCAAACUUGGCUUCACAGAUAGCUUCUGAUGAAAAUAAGAAAUAGAUAAUUUAAGAGAAUUUUCUACAUUAGAGUAAAUAUUCCGUUCUUGUUUUUUGUAUGAUUCCAAUACUAUAAAGUAAGAGUGUAUUUAUUUGGUUUUUGCACAGAUAUAAUACUGGGAUAUGAUACUACUGGUGAUUACAAUCUUAAAACCAAACUACCAAACUAUUAUAUAGCAUAUUAGUAUGUUGUAAAUAGCUAUUUGUAAGUUUUCUACAGUAUUGUAAAUAUAUAAGACAAUAGGUAAAUGAUAAUAUAGCGACCGCUAUUUCGCUGUUAUUAUAUCAUGUUAGUUCCUUUUUCUUAGAAGAAACCGCCGAUUCUGGUGAUAAGAAUUAUCAAUAGAAAUUGUGACACAAUAGUGAGCUAUUCUAGAUAUCUAUUAUAUAGCAAUUCGUUUGUAUUAAUUAUGUAUUCGUAUGUAUUAAUUAAUAUUCCUUGAUUUCAAUUAUAAUUGUGUGAAAACAAUUAUGAUAACGUGAUGAAUAUAAAACGAAAUAAUGACUGAUAAUGAAUCAUCAAAGUGUAACAUGUACUAAAUAUUAUGCAAUUCGGUAAUAACGAUUAUGCGUAUCUUAUUUUAUUAUUGUUUAUAUAAAAAUAUUUUUGUACACUUUUCUUAUUUCUAUAUUUGCAUUAUUCAACGAGCACUGAUAAUGAGCUAAAUAUCUCGUCACAAGGAUGUCCACGUUCUUAGAAGCGAAGCCCCAGGCCUUUCCCCUGGCGAGUUAUGAAAUAUACUUUAAAAUGAUUCAUAAUGCUUACGUCUGCGCGUGACCACCAACAUCUAUUUAGAAUUCGUACCAGCUACAGACGUAAUUAUCCAUCAUAGACAUGAUUCCCUCUCUCCUCUUCUGUU